GACUUUAAUUUAGAACCUUAUUCAUAUUUCGUUCGGAGCUGCUCCCUGGAAUUUGGGGCUACUUUUCUAUAAUAAUGUACUGAGUCAGCUAAUUAGCAAGAAUAACCUGACUGUUAAAAGUUCCCAUUUAUCCUUAUUGUUACUCUUUUACAAACAUACUGAAGCAAUAUUAGUAACUAUAUGCCUUAAUAUUGCUCAUCUCCUACUAGACAAUAUGAUUGUUGCCUAGGUAAAAGUGUAUUAGGAGUGUGCAGUGUAGAACAGGACUCUAAAUUUCACCCACACUGAAGUUGCCCCUUUCUUUUGUCUCACUAUUUUAUUUCAAAUUGGAGCUGCAGCCACCCAUGCGUUUACCUCAAACUUUAGGGUUGAAAAGAGUUCGAGAACUGCGAGGAAAAAUCUUUACUGAAGAUGAAAGCUAGUGAGCUACUUGAGGAGCUGUGGAAAGAGUGUAGUGAAAAUUUGGCAGAGGAUGAGCUAAUGAGGCUAGUCUCUGAGACAAACAUACUCCAUUCUGCCGCAAAAGAAGGAAAUGUGGAAUUUUUAGCUCUGCUAAUUCGCGAUUAUCCUGAUCUCGUAUGGGAUGUCAACCAAAAAGGACAGACCAUCUUCCAUGUUGCUGUUUUACAUCGACAAGAAAAAGUCUUCAGUCUUGUACACCAAAUUGGAGCGAUUAAAGACUUAAUUACACUUAUCGUAGAUGAUGAAGGCAAUUACAUUCUACAUUUGGCUGGAAAAUUGGGGGAGCCAGUCCUCCGCGUUAAUAAAAAGACACCUGGCCCUGGGCAACAACAGCUUGGAGAGAUGGAAGAGAAGAUUAUGCCGACGUCAUUUCUCAAUGUGUCUGGAGCAGCUCUUCGACUGCAAAAAGAGCUAUUGUGGUUCAAGGAGGUGGAGAAAAUUGUGUCACCUCUAUUCCUCCGGAAGGAAAACAAGGAUGGGAAAACUCCGAGGCAGUUAUUCACAGCGGAGCACCAGCUCUUACUGAAAGAAGGUGAAAGGUGGAUGAGAGAUACAGCAAAUUAUUGUAUGAUUGUUGCAACCUUGAUUGCUACGGUGAUGUUUGCUGCUGCCUUUACUGUACCAGGCGGUAAUAACGACAAUGAAGUUACUCCAAUAAUGUUACAAUUGAAGGGAUUUACGGUUAUUGUGGUAUCGGAUGCAGUGGCAAUGUUCAGCUUAAUUGUUUCCAUCGUUAUGUUCUUGUCCAUUCUGACAUCCCGCGACACUGAGGACUACUUCCUUGUGUCAUUGCCUAAUAAAUUACUGUUUGGUCUCACGACACUCUUUGCCUCGAUAGUUGGCAUGGUAGUGGCUUUUGCAGCAACUUUCGUCUUGGUCUAUAAUAAUCAUGCGGCUUGGGAGCCGAAGCUCAUUGCUGUGUCUGGUGCUGUUCCUUUAGCUUUAUUUGGGUGUUUACAUUAUAAGUUAUGGUGGGACAUGGUAAAAUCAACAUACUUGUCCAAAUAUCUCUUUAAACCGCGAAAGAACGGGUUGAGGUUGUAUUAAGUAACAAACAUCUGAACCGAAGUUUGGGCUGCGAAAGACAUGCUCUAAUGACAAACAAAUCCUUCACCAAUGGGGAAGUAGGCUUAGGCUAUAUGCUUGAUUAGUUGUAACUGCUAAAUACACAAGCAGCAGCAUUGAAGGUGAUGCUUAUUUCACAAUAAGUUACUUAAUUGUGCAAUAACAUGUUAGGGAGGAACUUUCCUGGGAGACUUAUUACCAUUUGUUCUUCUCUUUGUUUCAUUAUCAUAUUGUAUUUGUUGUUGUAUGUUAGGGAGGAACUCUCUUAUCUGUAGUUAAGGAAUAUUUAUAGUCAUUAUGACAAGCCUACUUUGGCCACUCCCUUCAAUCCCUAAA